GCACCGAGCAGCGGGACAGUGCGCGCUGCCUUUCUUUUGGAAACAACCACUUUGGGGAUCCCGGUGAAACUUGUGAGGAAGACUCCACGGGUCAGCAUGACAUCUCUCACCAACUCCGCGUGCCUCCUCUUCUUGCCUGUUGCUUUGCUCCUGAUGCCGAGCUCAUGCCCUGUUGCUGCAUCUUCAGCGAGAAGGUGUCACUCCAUCUACAAGGGUUUCGCUCAGUGUCUGAUGGCUCUGGGCGACAGUCUCACGGACAACGCCAGCAAGGAUGAAGACACACACGAGAUACACUCCAUCUGCAGAUCAUGGGACGACUUCCAUGACUGUGCCAACAUAGCGAUGGCCGGCUGUCCAGAUGAAGCAGCAGCGGUCUGGGAAUCUCUCCGCCAGGAAUCUAAGAAGAUGCAGUUCUCCGGAAACCUGUACGACAUGUGCUCCAGACGCAACCUCCACCCAGUCGCCUCGGUGUCCCCACACGGCCCCCCCAACAAGGAGGAGAUCAACCAGGAGUCUCUAAGAGCGUGCACUGAUCAUCUGGGAGGCUGUGUCAACCUUCUCAUGCUCCUGGCUCCGCUUGUGCUGCUGUCACUUUGGAUGUAG